AUGUCCUCCGACAAUUUCUACCAGAACGCUGUGAGGAAAAGGCCUUUCGAUGGCCGAUACACAGCCACCUCUGUUAUCGUCACGCUAUCCAUCGGGCUGGCCCUCUAUAAUUCACUAGAAAUGGUGCUUCUGAUUUUGACGAUCUUCAAGAGAAGGACGGGCCUAUAUUUCUGGAGCUUGAGCAUCUGCACCUAUGGCGUCGUCUCAUACACGUUGGGCAUCACGCUGAGUUAUUUCAGCCUCUGCGACUUCUGGCUCAGCGGGCUACUACUUGAUUCAGGGUGGCUGUUCAUGAUUACCUGCCAGUCCCUUGUUCUUUAUUCGCGUUUAGGGUUGAUUCUCGAUAACGUCCACAUUCUGAGGGCUGUGAAGUGGAUGAUUAUCAUCAACAGUGUGGUCAUUGAAGGCACUACAGUCGCUUUGGACUGGGGUCAUGCAUAUUCGCCAAAUCCAGCAUUCGCUCAAGCGUACUUCUAUAUUGAGCAUAUGCAGAUGACAAUCAUCACUCUCCAAGAACUUAUCAUCUCCGGGCUCUACGUGUGGGAGACCAUAGCUCUGCUCAAUGUCAUCUCCAAGGAAAAUACUCGGAGAAUGAUUUGGCAACUUCUGACCAUCAACAUCAUGAUUAUCUGCAUGGACACCGCGCUUGUGGCUCUACAAUUCAAGCGCCUCCAGCUUUAUCAAGAGAGUAUCAAAGCCUUUGUCUACAGUGUUAAGUUGAAGCUUGAGCUGAAUAUCCUUUCCAAGCUAGUGGACCUCGUCCAGCGAAGUGCAGUUGAUAGAUCAAUGACUUUGGAAAUCAUCGACACAAAUUCGAUCGUUGGACAGACACAAGCAGCAGUGCGCCGGGAGUCGUGGACGCCAGAGCAUGUCAGCGCUUGGUCUUCAGCCGCUGGCAAAGGUAUCGAGGAGCAUAUCGAGGACGUCCACAACACCGAACCGGGGGAUACAGCUCUACACUCUAGACCACCCGAUGAAGUCGAUGGCAUUACGCGGGUCCUUUCUCAGCGCUCCAGAUACACGGCAAGGACAGCUAGCAGAGAGUCCGACAUCUUGUAUGCAGAAGUCCUUCGCUCUCUGAAGUGA